CUUCUCCUGAUGUUGUGACCAUACAACAGCUUUGCUUCGAAGAGUGCAACAAAUCUAUCCGUCUCUGCGGGAUCUUAACAAUGGCGAUGUCGGAAACGAAUGCGAGUAACGUAGAAUUGCAAGACUUAGGAUCGACGACUCCACCAGACAGACAUGGCUCGGAAGAGAAUUUAAACAGAAGAAUAGUUACUGCCCAAACGACCGAUGCAACCAUCCCCGAUGGCGGCUACGGUUGGGUAAUAGUGUUCUCCUGCGCCAUUGUAGCUUUCUGGUUCACAGGCAUGUCUUACAGUUGGGGUGUUGUUCAGAAAGAGCUUGUAGAGCAAAAUGUUGCAUCGGCAUCGACUCUAAGCUUUGUUGGUGGUCUGACACCAGCUUGCAUCUCAAUAUUUGCUAUUACAAAUGCCCGACUACUCAUGUCAAUUGGAUCCCGUUGGACAGGUAUCCUUGGUGUCUUUUUUGUUGGACUCGGCGGCCUGCUCGUUAGCUUCGCACCUAACAAUGUAGCGUGUCUGUUUGUUUGCGUCGGACUUGUGCAAGGUAUUGGAACAAGCCUAUCCUUCAUGGCUGCUUCGGUCACACCAUCGCAAUACUUCCUGCGUAAACGCGGCCUAGCCAACGGUAUUGUCUAUGCCGGCGGUGGGCUUGGAGGAACUGUAAUAGCCUUGGCCAUGGAAAAACUGAUAAAGGAUACCGAUGUCGCGUGGACUUUUCGAAUCCUUGGGCUGAUCACCAUAGCAACGGGAAUACCAGCUGCGUGGUUUCUCAGAGACCGUGCGACAAUCAAGCGUCGAACGUUCGUCGAAUGGAGUUUGUUCCGAGACUUCAAAUUCCUACUGCUUUUCUUGAUUGGAGCCAUAGCUACGUUCCCUCUUUUCGUUCCUCCAUUCUUCAUUCCACUUUACUCGAACUCUAUUGGUCUCUCUGCCUCGACCGGCGCAGCACUUGUUGCAGGUUUCAAUCUUUCAUCUGCAUUUGGUCGUGUUGGAUUUGGAUUCCUUUGUGACUGGAUCGGGCCAAUCCAUGCGCUAUUUCUCAGCUUAUUCAUGAGCGCUAUUGGCAUGUUGACCAUAUGGCCAGUAUCACAAAACUUGGUCCCACUGACCCUAUUCGUUAUCAUUGGUGGUGCUGCAAAUGGCGGUUUCUUUUCUACGAUACCGACGGCAGUUGGCAGUGUCUUCGGCACAGCUCAAGUUGCGACGGCCAUGGGCAUGAUUGUGACGGGUUGGGCUGGAGGGUAUCUUUUGGGCGGUCCUAUAGCAGGAUAUCUACUAGCAGCUUUUGGAGGCGAGCAGGCUGGUUUCCAAGCUUACCGUCCAGCUAUGUAUUACUCCGGUUCAAUGUCCCUAGCCGCAGCCAUACUUGUUGGCACGCUUAGGUUCCGAAUGGAUCGCAAAUUCCAGACCAAGAUUUGAUUGGUCUAGAUGCUUCCGGACGUCCAGGUGUGAUCUAAUGGCUGCGUCCAUUGAAGCAAGUCGUACUCAAUAUGGGGAUCGUUUGACAUAUAACCCUCUUCCCACAAGCUCAAGUCACCUGAGUUCGAGUCUAGCCAAGGCUCCCCAAGUGCAGCGCUGUCAACAUGCGGAAAGCUUAUCAUCAUUGGAUCUAAGUGCGCGUUGUGGAGAGCGUCGCCCGCGCUCGGUGUAAAUUGAGCAGGGAUUGUCACGCCAGCGGGCGUAGUGAUACUAGACCGCACUUGUUGUAGGAGCUGUAGUCGCGGGGCCAUGUUGUUGUUACCGCGGUCGACGAUAAGUUGAAGCAUACGCAAAGCUGAGUCCAUUGCUUUAAACUCCGAUUCGCCACAUGGGAAGGCGAGACAAACGAGGACGAGAACGAGUGCAGCGGAAAAGCAAUGCUCGCCAUCCAUGUAACCGUAUGUAGCGAACAAAUUCUUUUGCGCCGCAAUUGUGAUCAUCGCAAUCGUGUCCUGGGCGGCUGAAAUGCACGUCUCGAUAGCGCUGAUCGUCGGUGUGGACAAAUCAU